AGCGUUCGGGCUCAGAUUUCCUGGCCCGGACCGUCGACGACGCGAUGACACCAUGAGGGCGCCAUGUUUGUCGAAGACAAGCGGCGCCCGCGCUCGUGGCGCCCGCAUGCGAGGCGUGCUGCCUUGGCUUUGCGAUGGCUUCUCUCCGUGCUGGUGCUCUCAGCGGAUGCGAGCACCAUCAAAGUUAUGAUGAUCCACAAUGCCGCAGAGAGGAAUGCCGGUUGGAAAGAAGGUUUUCAUGACUUCUUUGUCCCCUUCAUCAACAACACCAACGAGAGAAGCUUCAUCAUGCAGCAGGGCCAGAUGUACAAGAUCACUUCCAUCCUAUGCGAGAUAGAUCUGUCGAAUGAUGCGCUGUCGAAGGUCCAGGGAUGUGUUAAUGACGCCAAUGCGGAAGAUGUUGAUGCGAUUGUCGUGGGCUCUUCAGUGCACAAUAUUGACAUCAAGAAUGCUGCAGAGCUCUUGGGAAUUCCCAACCUUCAUUGCUCAGGUGGUAAUCCACUGAGCUGGGGCGGUGGUCAUCCUCAUGCCUUCGGCUUGCAUUUGCCUUUUCCCUGGUAUACGCGAGGCCCCUUGCGCCAGGCAUCCCUUUCGAACUUGAGCACUGUGCUGAUCAUUCGUGACUUCGACUCGGAAUUUUCCCGUGUCUCUGCCCUCGCUUCGGCUGAGUGGAGUCGCAGCAGCAAUCUACGGGUCAUCGGCCCGACCGAGAAGUGGUGCCAGAAAUGGGCGACGGAGACUGGCUGUCUUGUGCGGGCUGGGCGUUGUCAAUGUGGAUCAGCCUCAGAGUUUGAUGCUCUUGGGUACAGGUACCACCUUUAUGACCUGCCGAGCUUCUAUCAAGUCAUCGAGAGCAACGUGGUCGAAGCAGGCUUUGAUUCUCGAGCUGAAUUCCUGUCACCAAAAUUGGUGAGAUUUGUGGAGGGUAUCAUUGAGGAUGUGCGUGAACAAGGAGCAGAUCCCGACAUUGUGGUGAAUUGGCUCACUUCAGCCCGAAGUGGUUUGAUGGCCAUGAGAACCAAACAGGUGAAUUACAAGAUGCACCUCGGUCAGCCCAGUGUUCCUGGAACCGCUUGGAAUGGCUAUGAGUCAUACUGGCCCGAUGGUACGCCCGCUUUGGGGCAGCAUGAGGCCUUGUACAACGUGGGCAGUGGCCAAUGGCACAAAGACAUGGAGUUUCAGGAUCCCUACUUCACGAGUACCGGCGACAUGCUCUUGAGAUACCUUCAAGCCACUGGAAAGCAUCCCACUUAUGAUGCUGCAGCAUGUGUGGCUGCGGGCAUCUCCUUGGUUUACAGCUUGGAGGGCUAUGGCCAAUCCUUGCUUGCCAUGAACAAGAGCCAGCGGCGGGAAGAGAUCCGAGAGUCCCUAGGCCGGAUCCAUGUUGAGACCAUCUUCGGGACGAUCAGCUUUGGUUGGAAUGGUCAGAACAGAGGGCGUUCCACGGUGAAUUGGCAGAUCUUUGAGAACAAUGUCACCAGGACGCUCUUGCCGGUGGAAUCCGCCUCAGCACAAUUUCGAAUCCCAGCGCCUUCCUGGGACGCUCGCUUGGGCUGCCCAAAUGGCACCUAUGCAAGUGGAACCAUCUUGGCCACAGAAUGCAUACCAUGUCAGGAGGGCACGUAUCGAAAUCGUCCCAGUCCGCCACUGGAAUUCACGCAGUGUGAGCCCUGUGGGCCAAAUCGAGGCACUUUGCCAGGACAGCGAGGUGUGGUGGAAUGUGAACUAUGUCCGGCCGGAACAGAGAAUGUGAGUGGGAUUUGCCAGAAGUGUCCACUGGGCACCUUCCGCAGCAAUGCCGUUGGUGGCUGUCUACCUUGUGCAGCCGAAAGCUAUGCAGAUGAGUUGGGCAUGGAGCAGUGCAAGCCUUGUCCAAGCAACAGCUUCCAGUUGGCCACAGGUCAAACUUACUGCCUUUGUGAGCUUGGAACCUACAAGGAUCCCGAUGAUCCCUCCUUGGGGGCGACGCGGCAAUGCCUCUCCUGCGCAGACUUCCUGAUCAAUAGCACCACCUUGUAUGCUGGCUCAACGGACAAUAGUAGCUGCAUUUGCCCUCACGGCAAGUUCUACCAUCGGCCCUACAGCAACAGUCAAAUCGCCUUCUGCAAGGAUUGUUUGGGUGGCUUAAUCUGUCCUGGCGGACGUGACGGCUCCAAGCACCAGGCACCUUUGCAAGACAGUGGUUUUGCAGCUGGUCAGCCCGCGUAUUUGGGUGCCGAGCCGCCAUACGUCAUUGAGUGCAAUUCACUGAUCAGCUGUUCGAAAGGACUCCCGCUGGGCCAAUGCCCUGAGAACAGUGUGGGCAAGGCCUGCGAGGCAUGUAAGCCGGAUCAUUAUGACGAUGGAGGCCUUUGCAAAUCUUGCAUGGACUCCACCUAUGCGGUUUGGCCUUUGAUCGUGGCAUUGAUCUUCUGCAUUGUCGUCUUGGUCAUUGUCUACAAGUUCGCCACCAAGGUGGAUCGUUCGAGUCGCGAUGCUGUGGCCACCAUUCUCUUCAGCACGGGGCUCAUCGUCGCAACACUCCAAGCCUUUCCGGCUUUCAGCAAGGUCGAGGUCCAAUGGAUUGAGCCGUUAAAGACUCUCAAGGGCGUCUUCGCUUUCCUCACCUUCGACCUGACCAUGAUCAGACCUGGCUGCUGGAUGGGAGAAAGGAACGCAUUUACGAGUUAUCUCUUUGCAAUUCUAGUCUAUCCUGCGGGCUGUGCCUUCUUUUGUUCCGUCUUGGGCUUUGCCAAAUACGUCUUGAAGAAGGACAUCACAUUGAAUGACCUGAUCAACGUCAAUGGCUUGAUUCUGUCAGAAUCUUUGGCCUUGUCCUCACUGUCGGUGAGGCCCUUCAAAUGCGUGGGCAACCCCGAUAGCACGAGCAGCAUGGCCAAUGACCGGGGGACCAUUUGCUGGACCAGUGGAACUCAUCAGGCCAUGGUGGCUCUUGCCUUAGUGCCCAUCCUGGGCGGAGUGUUGCCCUUCAUGUCCGUGAUGAUUUGGGCGGUCACUCAGUAUGGACGUCGGGUCGCUCGCCCUGGUGGUGUGAAGUUCGUGAAGCGCUGGGCCUUUGCCUUCGCGCGCUUCAACGCCUCGGGUUGCUACUUCGCGCUUGUGGUGGUCCUGAGGGAUUUUAUCAUCGGGGUCUCCCCUGCGGUGUUCGUCUCAUUCAAUGAACUGCUCUUUCUGAUCUACGUGCUCACAUUGGCUUCCUAUGCAACGCUCCAGGCUCGCAUUUGGCCCUGGAAAACCAGCAUGGCCAACUUCUUGGAUUCAGGAGCAAGACAUGCCAAAGCAGUUUGCGAUACCAAAGAAGGCUUUGCCCACCAAAGAGAGCGCCCAAAAGAGCACCUUGAAGGUCUCGCCCUCACCUUGGUGACCACCGUAGUGUUGGGCAGCACGUUGCUGAACUUCGAUGUUGCCCGGGGUACAGUGGUCAUCCAGAUCCUCUCCAUGAUAGGCUUUAUCCUGGUGAGCACCGCUCUACUUGCAGUGAUUGGCAUGGUGGCUUACCGGACCUACAAGCCCAGCAAGACCUAUGGAAUCUUCUUAAGUCAUCACAAGCUGGGGGCUGCAGUCCUAUGCAGAUGGUUAAAGAUGCUUUUGGGCGCCAUUGUCAAGGACCGGAUCUUCUUGGACUCGGAUGACGUAAGCAAGUUAGAUGCCAUCAUCGACGUGUGCGCCUGCGACUGUGAGAAUGUGGUGGUGAUUAUGACCUCCGAGACCCUGAAGCGCAUGUGGUGCGCCGCGGAGAUCGCUGCAGCCUGGGCUGGACACACCAACAUCGUUUUGGUGAGCUGCGACGGGAAUGGCUUCAGUCAAGAGCUCAUCCAUGUGUUGCCACAGCUUUGGACAGAGGAACAGCAGGCCACCCUGGCAGCCUCUGGGAUUGUCAUGAGUAUUGUGGAGCAGGCCUAUGAUUCCCUUCUGCACCAAGUGCCUAUAGAGCUGAGACGGAGGGGAGCCAAGGAGUAUGAGCACCUCACAGUGGCACGAAGUGUCGUGAGCGAAUGCAAAGGCCUCUCACUCUUUAUGCUGACCCGCUUGCAAAAGACCCAGCGCGUGAACUCCUUCGGCCAUACUGGGAUGACCUCAAGCACUUUGGGUCUAGACCUGACGAACCACUCCCUUUUGAUGCUCGGGGAUUUGGACACGCCAGAGUCAGGCUGCUGUUGCCGCAUCAUUCAGAUCCUGCUGCAGGGGAAAAUGCAAGAGGCGGUCCUGGUGCAAAACGUGAUCAAGGAUGUCGAUUCCUAUGAAAUGCUGGUGGCCCGAUUUCAAGGAGUCAGAGCAGUGCUAGUGAUCUUGACACAAGGGAUGCUGCACCAUCCUUCCUUUGCCGGUGCAUUAGCUGCCUGCCCAGAGGAGUGUAUUCCCAAGCUGGUCCCCGUCAAGGCAGAUGAGUCCUUCACCUAUCCUGACCCAACCUUCUUCGAACACUUGGCCGAUGGGCGGAUCUUCAGCGAGGAGGUCUUGGCAGACUUGGAGACGGAUUUUGAGGGUGUGCGCGCCAUCUACUCUCGGCUCUUCAACGUCUUGGCCUUGAAGUUUAGUUCCCAUGGCAGUGCUCACAUCCAGGCCACAGAGAUCAUGGUGAUGACUGCACGGCUGUUGCCCAUGUUGGAGGACAAGUAUUCAAGCGCGCAAGAGAGCGCUGAACGAGCAUCAUCGAUGGAGAGAUUGAAGACCUUCCUGUCUAGCAGAGGGAGUGGCAGUGGUCAGGCGGGAACGCCGGAGAUACGGCGGAUCCCCACAAAUGCGGAGCUGGUCGUGGAUGGAUAUUCUUCGCAAGAUGCGACAGAGUCGGCGCUUGAUUCCGCAGGAUCUGCUGGGGAGAUCAGCAUCGACACAGACACCAUUAAGCAGAUGAUGGUGAAGGAGGAAAUCUGAUGAUGGGGUCACCCGACGCCGUGAUGUGCCGCGCGCCACGCUGAUGAUUUGUUGCGGUUUCUCUGGGAGCAGAGGCAAACGCGUCAUGAAGUUAGUUGUGCCUGAAUCCAUCCUGAUAGCAGCUAGCAUUGCAUCGACAUGGAGCCCAUCAUAGCAUUGCAUGUGGGUCAGCAGAGGAGUUUUUUGCUUUGAUUGUCCCGGAGCUUUGGGUCUUCACGCACUACUAGCGGCAAGAGCACAGGGAUCGCCACACCCGCGCUGGUUUGCCACCGGGUGGUAGGUAACUGGCAACAUGGGAUGCAUUAUUACAGAGUUGCCGGCCAUUUAGAGCUGCUCUUGCCGACAUGCAAUGGCUGCAGCAAUUUCCUGAAAAAUCCCGAGACUUGCAGCAGUCCAUUGGAAUAGUUCAAUUGGAGGCUUUGCUGGAAACUUGAAGAUCCAGGAAGAAAC